CACGGAUGUACGAGUGUCGGUCGACGACACCGUUGUUUCAACACCGCGCUUGUACGGGCCGGUUACUGCAUCGUCCUUCACCGUGAUGGAGCUUUCGGUUUGCUCUAUGAAAUCUGGAAAAACCGAGGAUAUGUCACCUUAGUGAACUCGUCAUCGAGACUACCAUAGUAGACGAUUGAACGAACAGAAGACAAUCUUGUAUAACUUCAAUCCGGCGAGAUCGGGAGAGGUGCUCUCGCGAAGAUGGACGCCCUUGAGCUGCAAGCUGCCUUGGUAAAGCUCGACCCGGCCACCACGGUGACGCCCAUCAGCACCACCAUGAAGCUAGUGCCACAUCAUCGCGUCGCCUUUACCGUCAACAUUGACGACGAGGGCGACUUGACUUUGGAAGAUUCGGCGCUGAAGGACGACGUCGAAAAGUCCCCGGUCGAAACGGCGACGUCGGUGUCGCGAAAGACACCGGGCAACUGUAUGGGCGGCUUGACGGCGAGUCAUCAUCAUCAGGGCAGCGGCCAGCAGAUGGGUGUCUCCAAGUGUAGCAUCGCCGAGGUCAGGUGACGCCAGCCGCCCUGCUACGGCGUCAACAUGAUUUACCAUACUUACCCGCCGCAUCGUGGCAGCAAGCACCACGCCAAGCAUCACGCCAAGGAGAAGAGGCACCAUCAUCAUCACACUAUGCACCAUCAGCAUCACAGAGC